AUCUCAUCACAUUCUUCUCCUUUUUCAUACUCUAAUCUCUCUUUUCUACAUAUUCGUUUAUUCAAAACUUCCAUAGUUGGAGGAUACCAAUCUCGAUCUUUCGAUGGCUAGUGCUACCAUUUGGUCAUUCAUUUUGUUCAUGGCUGGUUUUUGUUCACUAGCUUCAAGUUCAUACUCGUCUCAGCUCCAUGUUCAAUACUCAACUAUAUCGGCUGCACCGGCAUUCUUGCCGUUUGCUCCUCUAUCGUCUGCUCCGAGCUUAUCUCCGGAUAUUGAACCUUUGCUUCCUACUCCUAAAGGCAUGGCACCGGCUCCGGCUGAUUCGUCGAUCCCCACUAUCCCUUCAAUCCCCAGCCCUCCUAAUCCAGACGGUAUGUUGGCCCCUGGCCCUGGUUUUGCACUUGCACGGUCUGGUUCUUUGCCGGAAUCGGGUUCGGUUUCUUUAACAUCGGAUGGAGCUAUGAAAUCUACAUUGUUUCUUGGUUUAGUAGUGGCAGUUUUGUUAUUGCAGUAGCUUUCUGGUGUGGGAGGUUUCGGUGGUGGCUACUUCAAUUAUUAUUCCUACUGGAGCACUGGUUUCACUUUUUUUUUUAUUGUUUCUUUGUUUUUGUUUUCUAGUAUAUAUUACUUGGUUUCAUGUUAGGUAAACCAAGUGUAUGGCAUUGCUAUAAACUGUUUUUAUUCUGGUAGAAUAAAGUUCACAAUGUGAU